ACGUGUGGCCUGUUCAAGCAUGCCCCCGAACGGAGGUAACAGGGCCCUGAAGCUGCAGUUUGGCCUCAUCAACUAUGAGAACCGUUACCUGACGGCUGAAGCAUUCGGCUUCAAGGUGAACGCCUCGGGCAUCAGCAUGAAGAAGAAACAGAUCUGGACCUUAGAGCAGGACGAGCAAGAUGGCCAAGUAGUGUUCCUCCGCAGCCACCUGGGACGCUAUCUGGCCUCUGACAAAGAUGGGAAGAUCAUAUGUGGGGCAGAGAAGCCUGACCCUGAAUGCCGUUUCCUUAUCGUGCCCCAGUCUGAUGGUCGCUGGGCACUGCAAUCAGAGCCUUACCUGCGUUACUUUGGAGGCUCGGCUGACUACCUGUCCUGCUUUGCCCAAGCCAUUGGGGAACAAGAGCUGUGGGCUGUCCAUUUGGCUUUACACCCACAGGCCAGUCUGCUCAGUGUGGCACGCAAGCGCUAUGCCCACCUGUCUGCUUCGGAUGGAGAGAUUUCAGUGGACAGCAACAUUCCCUGGGGAGUGGACUCCCUGGUUACCUUGGUAUACCUGGAUGGCAAGUACAGCCUGAAGACCUGUGACAGCCGUUUCCUCAGCAAUGAUGGCAAACUGGUGAAGGAGAACAGCAAUACUACUAGCUUCACACUGGAGCUGAAAUCUGGCAAGCUGGCCUUUAAGGACUGUGAUGGGAAAUAUCUGACCCCAGUGGGUCCCACAGGAACGCUGCGAUCUGGCCGAUGCUCCAAGCCUGGAAAAGAUGAGCUGUUUGAUCUUGAGGAGAGUCAUCCACAAGUAGUUUUUCAAGCCGCCAAUAAAAGAUUUGUCUCAGUCAAGCAAGGAGUGAGUAUUUCAGCCAAUCAGGAUGUGGAGACAGACAUGGAGACCUUUCAGAUGGAGAUUGAUAAGGAGAGCAAAAAGUCUAUGUUCAGGACCAAUGGCGGAUCCUACUGGACUCUAGUGACUCACGGAGAGAUCCAGUCUACUGCCACAGAAGUAGAGGUCAACACAAUGUUUGACAUUGAGUGGCGAGGACAGAGGGUGGCACUCAAAGCAAGUAAUGGAAAGUAUGUGUGUACAAAGAAGAAUGGGCAGCUCUCAGCAGUCAGUGAUUCAGUGGGUGAUGAUGAAUUAUUCCUGAUGAAACUCAUCAACCGCCCUAUUCUGAUCCUUAGUGGAGAGAAUGGUUAUGUGUGUCACCACAAGAACUCCAACACUCUGAAUGCAAAUCGAUCUGUCUAUGAUAUUUUCUCAUUGAUCUUCAAUGACGGCGCCUACAAUAUAAAAAGCCUGAAUGGAAAGUUCUGGUACGUCUCUAGCAGUGGUCUAGUGUGCUCAGAUGGAGAAAAGCCAGAGGACUUUUUCCUUGAGUUCCUGGAACAUGGACGGGUCGCCAUCAAGGGGUCCAAUGGCAAAUACCUUCGUGGAGACCAGGGAGGUACGCUUAUGGGCGAUGGCACAAGCGUUGAUGGAUCUUCUCUUUGGGAGUACUGA